AUCAAAAUCGCACAGAAUUUCACAAACACCAAACCAAACCAAACCAAACCAAACGGACCCUCUUGAAAUUCCAAAUCAGCCACUUCAGCAAAUUAAAACCUUGCCCUUCUCUACUUUCUUUCUUUCUUUUCUUUGUUUCUCCUUCUUCUUCUUCUUCAUUCUAUCUUUCUUGGCUUGGCUGCUAUUGAUUCUCAAUUCAAAUAUUUUCGUAAAUCCCCAAAAAGCCCUUCAAUUUUUCCUCUAAAUGCCCAAUUCAACAACAUAACUCACCACCGAAAAUGAUCGUCCGUACAUACGGUCGUCGCAACCGAGGAGGCAUUCCAAGAACUUACUCAGAUUCUUUAAACGACAUCGUGCACGUCCACGACGACGACGACGUCAGCGACGAAGACGUGGACGAACAAAACGACCUGCCGUUCAAAGACUCUUCUCUCUCCCAAGACCACAGCCUCUAUAGCUUUAAUUUCUCGUCUCAGGAAUCGUCGUCCCACUCCAACUGUACAGCAUUCGAAUCCGCCAAAUCAAACGGUGUCCCUAGGAGGCCGCUAAACAAGAAGCCCAAGAAAGCUAACGGUUCUUGUUCUUUCUCGAUUCCGGCCACCUCCACGUUGAUGGAGGCUCAGGAGUUUGGAGAGAUGAUGGAGCACGUCGACGAGGUCAAUUUCGCUCUCGAUGGCCUCAGGAAACCCCAGCCCGUACGGAUCAGAAGGGCUAGCUUGUUGUCCUUGUUGUCCAUUUGCGCCACUGUACAGCAGAGACGCCUCUUGCGGACUCAAGGGAUUGCAAAGACAAUAAUUGAUGCUAUUUUGGGCCUCAGCUUUGAUGACUCACCCAGCAAUCUGGCUGCUGCCACUCUUUUCUGCGUUUUAACUGGUGAUGGUCAAGAUGAUCAUCUUUUGGAAUCAUCCAGUUGCAUCUGUUUUCUAAUCAAGUUGUUGAAACCAACAGCUUUAAUGGCUACUGAAGACAAAGCACCAAAAAUAGGCCUCAAGCUUCUUGCACUACGGAAUGAAGCCGACAUAUGUCGUGAUACAAUGAAAAGAGUCGAUUCCAGUUCUGCUGCUAUUGUUUCAAAGGUUCAGGAAAUACUUAUAAGUUGCAAGGAAUUGAAAUCAAGCCGUGAUGAUGAUACUGGAAUGGGGAGGCCAGAGCUAUGUCCAAAAUGGAUAGCUUUGCUGACUAUGGAGAAAGCUUGCUUAACCACUAUCUCUCUUGAAGAAACCUCUGGUGCAGUAAGGAAGACUGGGGGCAAUUUCAAGGAAAAAUUAAGAGAGCUUGGAGGACUUGAUGCUGUUUUUGAGGUCGCCAUGAAUUGUCAUUCCAAUUUGGAGGGUCGGAUGGAACGUAAUUCACCUUCUUCUCAGGGUGGAAAAAAUGACCUGAAUCUUCAAAGUUUGGUGCUGCUAUUAAAAUGUUUGAAGAUAAUGGAAAAUGCCACAUUCCUCAGUAAGGAUAAUCAGAGUCAUUUGCUUGGAAUGAAAGGAAACUCAAAUCCUCGGGGAACCCCAAUAUCUUUUAUAGAGCUCAUUAUAAGUCUCAUCAAGACUCUUUCAGGUCUUUAUCUACUUAGAAGUUCUCCUGCCAUCUCCAAUGAUGAAAAGUCUUGUAAUCUCUCUGAUGGGACUUGUCAUGCUUCUGAAUUGGCUUUAAUUGAAGACUUCAAAGUGGACAGCAGUGAGACUUUUUCCAUCAAUUCCUCUAGAAAGUGGUGUAGCACAGGGAGGACCUCCUCUCAGAAGAGCUUCAAUAUAUCUGGGAACAGCCCAUUGUUGCCAACUACUCAGUUUGAUUAUUCUAUAUCCGGUUCUGAGACUACCAGCACUUCCAUGAAUGAUACUUGUUCGUUAAAGAUGAGAGUCACUUCUUCUAUGUCUGGCUCAUGCAAUGGAACAUCAAAGCGUUCAAGUAGUGGCAUAUUUGUAACUGAUAAUGGCUCCAGCAAGAACUUUGGGUGUGGUAAGAGACCAAACGAUACAGAAGAUGCCAAGCUCGAACUUUUAGAGAACCGGGAUCCUUUUGCUUUUGAUGAAGAUGAUUUUGAGCCGUCUAAGUGGGACUUAUUAUCUGGGAAGCAAAAAACAUCUCAAACUCGGAAAAGUAGGGUACCAUACAGAGAACUUGAAGAUGGGUGUCAAUCUCAGCGGUUAAUGAGCCAACAAGAAUCAAGUAAUGGUGAAAACAAGUUUUCCCAGGAACUUUCCUGUCCAGUUGCUGCUGAUGAAGAGGGUUCCAGUCUUCUAGCUGACUGCCUUCUUACUGCUGUUAAGGUUCUAAUGAACUUAACAAAUGACAACCCUGUUGGUUGUUGUCAAAUUGCUGCCUGUGGCGGACUGGAGACCAUGUGUUCUUUAAUUGCUGGGCACUUUCCUUCAUAUAGUUCGUCCUCAUCUCCCCCCAUUUUGAUAAAAGAGAAUAGUUCAAGCACUGAUCUUGACCACCAGAAUGAUAGACAUCUCACUGAUCAAGAGCUGGAUUUUCUUGUUGCGAUUUUGGGCCUGCUAGUGAACUUGGUAGAGAAAGAUGGUCAUAACAGAUCACGACUUGCAGCAGCCAGAGUUCCAUUGCCUAACUUUGAAGGGUUAGAAGAGGAGAGUCAGAGGGAUGUGAUUCCACUACUUUGCUCUAUCUUUUUGGCCAACCAAGGAGCAGGCGAGGGAGCUGAUGAAGAAAAAAAUUUAACAUGGAAUGAUGAGACGGCUGUAUUACAAGGAGAGAGAGAAGCUGAGAAGAUGAUUGUGGAAGCUUAUUCAGCCCUUCUUCUAGCAUUUCUUUCAACUGAAAGUAAGAGCAUUCGUGAAGCUAUUGCUGGCUGUCUCCCAAAACACAACCUGGCAAUUCUUGUACCUGUGUUGGACAGAUUUGUGGCAUUUCAUUUGACUUUAAACAUGAUUUCUCCGGAAACUCAUAAAGCUGUGAGCGAAGUAAUUGAAUCUUGUAGAGUGCCAUGAGAGCUCAAGAGAUUUUGUACAGCGUCAGCAUUUCUUACAUAUCAGGCAGCAGUGUUCUCACUUCCUGGAAGACAACUGUUUGUUAUGACACGAUUCCCUGCUGCUGCAAACUACAUCAAACUGACGACAAGCCUGUGUUAUAGUCUGAUUGAGCCUUUUCUUCUUCUCUUCAUAUUUGGGGUCCCUUGUUUUCUUUCUUUACUAGUGUAUUCUUUUUUUUUUUUUUAGCUCUCUUUGCACCAUUUUGUGCAGGCUGAGAUGCUUGUAUACGAAAAAAUGAUAGUAGAAUGAAAGUGUUUUCUUUGUCCA